AUGGCGACGAAUGCUUACGAUGUGAAUCAGCAGCUCGAUUCCGAUUCGCUUUUACCUCCACGGAAGCGAUUACUCGCCGGAUUAAAAAAACAGAACUCCAAUUCCGGCAACGGAUCUUCUUCUUCUCCGAGCCCUCCUCCUCCUCCCAAUUUCGCUUCUUCCUCUUCAACCUCAUAUUCAAACGGUUCCUCCUCUGCUUCAACCGAUGUGCAGACUCAUCUCGACAAUCUAUUGACUUCCCAAAUCAACGACGACCAAACCCGAUCGCCGGACGAGCUAGCUCAGGCGUCGAGAGCAACCGCUGCGUUAGCAAUCAAGAUCGCAAAAGCCGCGAGAGCCACCGCUAACGAGAAAGCCAUCAUUGCUUCAAAGGCGGUAGCUGCAGCGAAGAGCGCUUUGGAACUGUUCGCUUCUUUCCCGGCUGAGACGGCGAAGGAGAAGUCUCCGAGGAUGAAGAACAAGCAGAAGAAACACGUCCCCGUUCAGCUCCUGUACUCGAAAGGAGCCGCCGCGAACGAUGAUUUAGCGCGGCGGUUGCACCGAGCGAUAGACAAUUCUCCUAGAGUCGCCGACGAGGUGUUAGCUCGUAGAGUCUUGAGGGAUUGUGGCUCUGGCUCUCAUAGGAGCAAGAAGCAGAAGAGUGUGGUUGAUUAUGAGAACCGUGCGGUGACUAGUACUAUGUACGAUGGGCAUGAUGUUGCUGGUGUUGUGGAUUCAGAUAGCUCGAAUGACGAGGGAGGAGAGAGGAGGAGAGUGAACGGGAAGCUGGUGUUAAAGGAGAAAACAGGGGAAGAGAGUAGCUCCUUGGGGAGAAGAAGAGGAAGAGUGAAGCUAAAGAAGUUGCCUUUGAGUAUGUGUGGCUCUAAGGAUCAAGAAAAUGGGAUCAUGAUGAUCAACAAAUCUCCAUUGAUGGAGAAGAAUGUUGGAGGAGGAGUUAGUAACCAGCCGGAAGGUGGUAAUGGUGGUGUGGCUCAGGUGGUGAGGUCAUAG